CCUCAUGAAACCAUAUGUUUAUCAUUAUCACUUUUCCUAAUUAUUAUAUAAUAAUUAUCUCCAUCUCUCUUUCUCUCUCUGUCACAAUUCUUGUUCUAUCUUAUAGGGCCAGAGAAGCAAAGAACCACCACAAUUAAUUAUUAAGCUCAAACCAAAAUAACCCCUCAAGCUAGAAACUAAAAAAACAAAAAAAAAAAAUGGGCAGAGCUCCUUGCUGCGACAAAGCCAAUGUGAAGAAAGGACCUUGGUCGGUUGAAGAAGAUGCGAAGCUCAAGUCCUACAUCGAAAACCAUGGCACCGGCGGUAAUUGGAUCGCUUUGCCACAGAAGAUUGGUCUUAAGAGGUGUGGGAAGAGCUGUCGUCUUAGAUGGUUGAACUAUCUCCGGCCAAACAUAAAGCACGGAGGGUUCUCAGAAGAAGAAGAUAACAUAAUUUGCAGCCUUUAUAUAAGUAUUGGAAGCAGGUGGUCUAUAAUCGCUGCACAAUUACCAGGAAGAACUGACAAUGAUAUAAAGAACUAUUGGAACACAAGGCUGAAGAAAAAGCUUCUUGGUAAUAAGCAACGUAAGGACCAUCCUCGUAAUAAGGCUCUGAGUACUAAACAGCCGAAGCCCGAAAAUAUUAAAAGAUCAGGGACUACUUCUACUUCUAAUAGUAAUAUUAUUAGUACUAGAGGCAUACCCCAUUAUUAUUCCAAUAAUAAUAAUAAUACGGUUGUUCCAGAAGCUGGUUAUAGUACAACUAUAAUUAAUAAUAAUACUAAUAAUAAUAUUAAUAAUAGCAGCCAAAAAACUUACUGGCCAGAGCUACCUGUUCUGACUCCCCCAACCUACUCAUCAAACGGCGCUGGUCAACCCUCUAAUAAUUACAACGACCACUCAUCAUCUAUAAGAAAGUUGCUCACCAAUCUCGAAGGGAGAUUCCCAGAUCAUCAUCGUGAUUUCUAUAAUAACACUACUCACACUGAUCAUCACCCAUUAUUACUUCAUCUUCCUUCUUCUGCUCCGCCGCUACUAUCAAAACCGACACCUCAACUGUCGCCGCCGCCGCCGCCGCCCCAAGUUUCUCUUUCGUAUAAUAUUACAGAUGCCGGCUAUGGGUUUGACGCACAGCAGAUGUUGGAGAAAGGACAAAGCAGUAGUAGCUCUCAACAUGAUCAGCUACAGGUUCAGGAUGAGGAUCGGGCAGUUAUAAUAAGUGGUAUUUAUGAUAAUAUCCCUAAUCAAGAUGCUCCGGUUCCAGAUGGGCUGGAGUUCUUGUAUGUUGAUCAGGAGGACAGUAGAGGUAGCAGUGUUAAAGAAAAAACUGCUGCUGGUGGAGGCAUUAUUAUUAAUGAUAUGGAUAUGGGUUGGAAUGACGAGAUGAUCAGUUCUAUGGUUUAUUCUACUAGUACUAGUAAUAAUAAGUUUGUUUCAGAUCAUCAUCACGACCACCAAUCCCUUCAACAUGAUCACUCAAUGUCUUUCCUACCCAUCGAUCAAUAGAUUUUAAUUUGUAAUAAGGUGAUGAAAGUAAUAAUAAACUAAUUUAUACUCAUCAUCAUGUGUAAAUGUACAAUAAUUAAUUAGAUAAUUAAUAUUUAUGGGCAGAUACAUUUAUAUAUAUA